AUGGACUACUCCGGCCGAGUCAAUUCCAAGAAGGGUGCUGGAGGUGUUGCUGGUGCCGAGGAGACGAAUGUACAUACGCGACAGCGGAUAAAAGAGCUUCUUGCUACCCAGGUUCUAGACCUUGACAACGAUCCAUAUGUAUUUCGCAACCAUUUAGGGCUCCUCGAGUGCCGAUUAUGUCUCACAACUCAUGUAAGUGAGCUGUCGUACAUAUCACAUUUGGGAGGGAAGAAGCACCGUAUGGGAUUGGAGAAAAGACGGGCUUUGGAUGAGAAGUAUAGUCAAAACAGAUCAUUAAACACCAAGAUAAAUCUGAUUGUAUCAAUUACAAACACAGCAAAGAGAUCGUGGACGAAGGUGGGGAAACCAGCAUACAAGUUGACCAAGAUUCGAGAUCCAGAAACGUUUCAGAAGGGACUACUUGUGGAUAUUAAAUAUCCUAAGAUAACUGUAGAAGAGCCUUUCUUCCGGUUCAUGUCGUACUACGAGCUCAGUGAGGCUACAGAUCCUAGCAAUUUGCAAUACUUGGUGAUCUCGGCUGAGCCGUACGAGAACAUCUGUUUUAUUAUACCUAACGAUAAAGAGAUAGACAAGCCUGUGGAACAGGGCGAGAUGAGCAAGAGCUACUGGUGGUUCUGGGACUCUGAUGCGAAGCAGUUUUUUCUCCAGUUUUUGUACAGAGAGAUAGGCGAAGGUGAUAAGGAGCAAAAUAAGUAA